AUGGAAUUUGAAGAAGUCAGCAACUAUAUCAAUCAAGAUAGAGGUAGAAAUAGCAACAUUUCAAACACAUCAUUGGAUAAUAUCCCGCCGUUUGAUCAUGUCGUUUCCAAUCCGUACAAUUCCAUUAUCCAGCCCAUCGUUCGGAAGCCAACGCUUUCAAACUUUGUGAACCGACUAAAGCAACAAUCCAGCAAAACUCGAUUUGUUGAGAAAUACAAAAAAAUGUCGAAUGCAACGGAUAUGAGCGAUGGAGACGAUUUUUUAAUGGACGACAAUGCAUCUAUUCGCAUUAUUGAUCCUUCCAGGGAACUUGCACGUGACAAUAGUCAACAGCAACCGCCUCAACCAGCUUUAUCUGAUGACUCUGAAGUUGCCAAUCUUGUGGUGUCAUCAAAAAAGAAGGAGAAGAAACCGGUUAAAAAGGUGUACAUCAAUGAGAGUGCGAAUCAAGUGCAGCAUAGUAACCAUGUCAAGGUGUUCAAUGAGCCUCAAGGUGCAUUUUCAAACGAUAGAUAUGUAUCAAUGCAGGAAGCGGUCGUCUACAUCAAUCAGGACAUUGAACGUAUGCAAGAUGCAAUUGAAAAGGAGAUGAAAAAGAUCACAAUCAAGCAAGAAGAGAUUAUCAAAUAUCAGGACGAAUGCCAGUGGAUGCAGACACAGAUGGACGCUAUUUACUAUUCCAUUUCAGCAUUGCUCAAGGAUAAUAUACCAGAGAUGAGAUCCGUCCAGGAGAGAGUGGUUGAAAACGAACAGAAAGUAAAAAUAAACAAAAAGAAGAACAGUAUGCAGAAAUAUCGAUUUGAGAAAUACCGCAAAGCUAUCAGUAUAGACACAAGAUUAUUCGAGUUGGAAAAAAAGAUCAAAGCUGCUUGGAGAAGAGACGAGAUUUGGACUGGUAUAAGAGAUUGGGGAUUUCUCUCAGUUUUGCUGCUCUCUUUUCUAAUCGCAUCCAUCAUUGCAUGGCAAUCCUAA